AUGGGUGACGAACAAGGUGGUGGUGAUGCGAUACAGUGCCCUCUAUGCACAAAGACGUUCAAAUGUAGGAAGGAGUUAUUUCACCACAUGUCUUCGGCAGUGCAUCGGCGACAGUCAGUUCGAUGUCCUUGGUGUCGAAAAACGAACAUCUUCACCAGAGUGUACGAUUUAAGCAGACAUUGUGACUCUGGGCACUUCAGAGAAUAUAGUUUUAUGCCAGACGGAUUUUUAUCCAUUCCAAAUUGUUUUUAUCUGGCAGUGUACCCAAAAGAUUACGCCAUCAUGACCAAGGUCCAGAAAUAUGAUAGUCCCAUCGCAAUUGAAGCCAGGCGUGUGUUGACAAACCAUUUAGAUAAUAUUAAAGCAGAGGAUGAAAUUAGAAGUGAGAUAAGGGAAGGAUGGAAAGCAGGGUUAAAGAUAGCAGAAGAUCUAGAGAGAAAAGAAAAAGAAAUCAAACAAAUGAAUGAAGCUAAGGCGACAGCAGCCAAGAAACACAAAAAGAGAAAGAACGGUAAAGAAAAUGAGACACCAGCAAAGAAAAUGAAACAGAAAGGAACAAUGGAAGAAACAAAAGCAGUGUAUGAACAAAUGUUUAAGACUGACCCUAUUAAACUGGAUAUACCAAAAAUUCAAAAUAAUGACACUCCUCCAAUGAGCGUAACAGAAUUCGAGAGUACAGAAAGAAAUAAAAAAGAGGCGAAAGUUGUACUUACUCGACUGGAUAAAAAUGGUGUAAGGCGUCUGAUGUCGGCAAGAAGUCAAAACGGCAAAGUUGUGAAGGAAGAACUUGCAGGAAAGCCUUUCAAAGCAGAAGCUGAAAGUUCUAAGGGAGAACAGAUGAAAGUUACAGCAGCAAAAGUUGAAAAGGAGGAGGUAGUAGGUGAAUUGAACACUAGUAAGACUUUUAUCACGGAACAAGAGGAGAAGGUAGAUGAAGUGAGUACCGGUGAAGCAAUUAUGGAGGAAAAGGAGAAUGUAACGGGUGAAGUGGUCGACGAGCAAGCUAAUGUGAAGGAAGAAGGAGAAAUUGAAAAUAAAGUUGGUACUGAUAAUGAAACUAGGAUAAAGGAACAAGUGAAAGUAGUCGAGGAAGUAAUUGGGAUUGAGGAGAAAGCCAUUAGUGAAAGGUGCGAUGAAAGUGAAGAAAAAGAAAGACUUGGUAUAAAUAAUCCUCUGGAAGGUGAGCUGCAACUUAUAACUGAAUCGUUGGCCAUUAAAACUAUACCAUGUGAAAUUGUUGACACCAACGUAGUAAUCAAAGAAAAGAGGAAGACAAGUUAUAAAGACUAUGUGAAGAAAGUGAAACUUGCAACACCAACCAAAGAAAGAAUAAGUGACUUAGAUGGAGGAGAGGUUAUUGUUAAUGAAAAAGGGGACUCAGAUGAAAUGAAAAAGGGUGAAGAUGAGAUAUGGAGGAAGGUGAAGGACAUAAAUAAUAAUUACAAAGAAUCGGAAGGGAACAUAGUGGGUAAUGAGUCGGGAGAAUCUGAUAAGUUAAACGGACAAGUGAAGGUGGUUGUAAACACUGAAACUGUUGAUGGUAAGGAGCCAGAAAUUGAACCGGUUGAAGAAGUGAAUCAUGUGGCGACGGCCAGAAGUAUUUUAGAAAAAGGUGCCAUGCCAAUGUGUCCUCCAGCCCGCCAGCAAUGGGGACCAGAUACAUUGGAGGAAAUUGACCUUGGAAAUGGUCAAGUAGUUCAGUGGCCGCCAAAAGGGUGGCUGAAUAUGACGCCUGAUAGACGGUUGUUGACUGUGGAAAUGAUGGCCAUGACUCUGGAAGCUUUUGUCUACGGAGAAGUAGCUCCUGAGAUGUCAAGGUGUUACCUUCUUGACAAGUACAAGUUUCUUGCGCUACCAGGAGCCCUCGUACACUGA